UGAAAGCUCCGGGUUUGUCGUCAUAAUUGGACUCAUGGGGUUGACAGAGACCACAGAAAACCUUCCACGGGAAUAAAAAAAAAUAGACUUCCGAGGAAACCCCCAACCUCUCCACCCUUCCUAAAUGGCCCUUCUCUUCACCAGCAUGUGGGACUCAACGAUGUUCCUGAGCACCCUGACCCCAAAAUUCUACGUCGCCCUGACCGGCACGUCCUCCCUCAUCUCCGGCCUAAUCCUGAUAUUCGAGUGGUGGUACUUCCGUAAAUACGGGACCUCCUUCAUAGAGCAAGUCUCCCUGAACCACAUCUCCCCGUGGAUCGGAGGAGGGGAGACGUCCACCGAGUCCGCAAACACUCCGUCGAACAGCACUAGCACAUCAUCCCAGCAGAACGUCCCCGAGUGCAAGGUCUGGCGAAAUCCGCUGAACCUCUUCAGAGGUGCCGAGUACCAACGCUUCUACUGGGCGACCAACAAAGAGCCCCUGACUUAUUACGACAUGAAUCUUUCCGCUCAGGAUCACCAGACAUUCUUCACAUGCGAGGGCGACACAGGUAAAGCCGAGUACGAAAUAAUGCAGACAGCGUGGCGCGAGCGUAACCCAGUGGUCCGGAUAAAAGCCGCGCACAGCGCGCUGGAGCGCAAUCCGGACUGCGCGCCCGCGUACAUUCUCCUCGCGGAGGAGGAGGCGACGACGAUCCUCGAUGCCGAGAAGAUCCUGAAGCAGGCGCUGAAAGUCGCUGAAAACUACUACCGCAAGUCCCAGAACACCCAGCACCAGGGGACGAUAGCGGAGGCCAUUCACAGACGCGACACGAACGUCCUGAUCUACAUCAGACGUCGUCUGGCCAUGUGCGCCCGAAAGCUCGGUAAAUUGAAGGAGUCCGUGAAGAUGUUCAGGGACCUGACGAAGGAGGUCCCCCCGAUCAUGAACGUCCUGAACAUCCACGAGAACUUGAUCGAGGCACUCCUCGAGAUGCAGGCGUACGCCGACGUCCAAGCGGUGCUCGCCAAAUACGACGACAUCAGUCUCCCAAAGUCAGCGACAAUCUGUUAUACAGCGGCUUUGCUGAAAGCUAGACUAGUCGCGGACAAAUUUUCACCGGACGUAGCGUCCAAACGGGGUCUGACGACGGCGGAGAUGUCCGCGGUGGAGGCCAUCCACAGGGCUGUGGAGUUCAAUCCCCACGUGCCCAAGUACCUCCUGGAGAUGAAGCCCCUCAUCCUCCCUCCUGAACACGUCCUCAAACGCGGCGACUCGGAAGCUAUCGCCUACGCAUUCUUCCAUCUUGCCCACUGGAAGCAGAUGGAGGGGGCCCUCAACCUCCUCCACUGCACGUGGGAGGGCACCUUCAGAAUGCUACCCUAUCCUCUGGAGAGGGGCCACCUCUUCUAUCCUUAUCCCACGUGCACAGAGUGCGCUGACAGGGAACUUCUUCCCGCUUUUCACGACGUCAGUGUCUAUCCCAAGAAGGAGCUGCCGUUUUUUAUUCUAUUCACUGCUGGACUGUGCUCUUUUACCGCGCUGUUGGCACUUCUGACACAUCAGUAUCCGGACACCAUGGGGUUUGUGGCUAGGGUCAUUCUCGCGUGGUUCAGCCUGCCGUUUUAUUAUAUCAUGGAUAAGCUGGAGUCGGUUUUGCCGAGCAAUUUGUUGCAGCAGUUGUCGAGGAUAUAAAAGGGCUGGGGGAGGUUCGAGGGCUGCGAGGGCUUUUAAGGAUGUUCGACACCCUUUUACCCAAAAUUGACGUUGUUUUCAUUUUUCUGGCAAAUUAUCGAUGGG